AUGGAGGUUGACGACCGGGACAUCGGCCGAAUCGUGGGCCGAGGCGGCUGCAACAUUCGCGAUCUGCAGGAGGGAACGAAGUGCAAGAUCAUAACGCCCAACAAGCGAGGAGACAACGACGACCCCUCCCUACGGAAGGUGAUCAUCCAGGGCAGCAAGGAGCAGAUCGCCAAGUGCAAGGAGGCCAUCAACGGCGUCCUGAUGGGUGAAGAGCCGAAGGACGUGCUGGCGCAGAUUGAUGGUGCAGUCAUCAUCAAGAACAUCGAGCCCAUGUCCAUGGGACAUCUCGCCAAGAUCAAGAGCAAGAUCGAGGAGGAGAUGAAAGUCCGGAUAGAGCUGGAUGCAAGGUCCGCUCGGAUCUGGGGCAACGAGAACGAUCACGACAAGGCGUGGGAGGCAGGGGCCGAGCAUCGGCCGCAUCCGAUUCAUGGCCCACCCGCGCUGUGCAGCGCGGCUCCCUCCCUCAGCCAGUACUUAGUGGGCUUCUUCGGACCCAGUAAAAACAUUUAUUUUGUGCCAGUGAGUGGGUGCUCUGUCGACUGUGCGCACCAGCCUGACUCAACCUGGCAAAGGCGCCUCGAUGACUGCUUCAGCGUCGAAGGCUGCUUGUGUGAAACGCGCCGCCGCACCAUCGUGCCUGCCCAAGACAAGGCCGUCCGGGAUGCAGAGUGCUGCAACCGCGCACGAAAUCCUGGUGGGAGUGAGUGCGUGAAGCAAAGUCAUGCCGACAACAAGAAAGAUGUUGGCAGGAUCGCAACUGCCACCGGCCUUCCUGAUGGCAUCAAGGACAAGGUUUCGGCAGCAGCUAAUUCACCACUUACAUGUGCACAGGACAUGUUUAUCGAGUGGUCAUUUUUGAGCCAUGUCUUGCUCAAGAUAUUCCUUUUUGCAGAGCAGAACAAGAUCAAGAUGACCGAGGUCGACAUUCACGAGUUCAACAGACGGCAGAUCGAGGAACUGCUGCGGGCUCACCUGUGCAAGUCAUCGACGUUGGCCGCGGAGAAGACCAUUCAGAUCGGCGUGAGCACAUUCAUGUUCAGCUUCGAGGAUCUUCGAUGUUUGGAGCUUUAG